AAAUUACUUCACAAAAUCUCAAAUAGAAAGAAGAAAAAGAUGGGGAUGAAGCUCUCCAUUUCCCUUCUCCUCUUCCUCUUCUUCAACCUCUCUUCUCUUCUCAAUGCAAACACUCUUGCAUGUGAUUGUGACAAGUCCCCAUCUUACCCUCCUUCCCCUAAACCCAAACAUCCGCCGCAUUAUCCCCCUAAACCCCCCAAAUCUCCUCCUCCCUACAAACCCCCCACUGUCAACCCACCUCCCCCAUACAUCCCAAAACCACCUCCUCCCUACGUCCCAAAGCCCCCCGUCAAACCCCCUCCUCCUUACGUCCAACCCCCCGUAGCUAAACCCCCACCACCACCGUCCCCUCCCCCUCCAGUCGUAUACCCGUCACCGCCUCCCCCUCCAGUCGUAUACCCCUCACCACCUCCCCCUCCAGUCGUAUACCCCUCACCACCUCCCCCUCCUUAUGUUCCAGUGCCCAGUCCACCAUUAAAGCCAGCGCCGGUGGUUCCAUCCCCAUCGACUCCUUGUCCUCCUCCGCCGCCGAAACGGGAGACAUGCCCCAUUGACACGCUGAAGUUGGGAGCGUGUGUGGACUUGUUGGGUGGGUUGAUCCAUAUCGGAAUUGGUGACCGUACGAAACAAACUUGCUGCCCUGUUCUUGAAGGACUAGUGGAUUUGGAUGCGGCAGUUUGUUUGUGUACCACCAUUAAAGCUAAGCUUCUGAAUAUUAACCUUAUCAUUCCCAUUGCCCUUCAAGUUCUUGUGGAUUGUGGCAAACACCCUCCCUCUGGUUUCCAAUGCCCUAAUUACUAAACUCACUCUACUCCUCCGAUCCCUUUCAGGGAUGGAGUCACGGGCGCAGCUGUGUACCUAUUAUUACUUCAUAAAAAUAAUAUUCGAAAUUGGGAACUGAGAAGCAAAAGACAACACUCUUUUUCUUCUUUCUUUUCUUUUCUUUUCUUUUCUUUUCUUUUUGCUCAUGAAUUUUAUUUUUGUUUUCUUAAUUAGAACGUCAAAUGUUUUCUUAUUUUUUAGUUUUAGUUUCAGUUCCUGUACUCUUUAAUAUCAAAUCUAUGUAUUGUAUUGUGCCAUUAAAUGUGACUAUUAAUAAUGAAUCUUCAUUAAUCAUUUCA